UGUGCGCAUGCGCAGUGUUCACUUUCGGAAGCUGUGUGAAGACGCUGAGGCAAUGGAUGCUAGAUUUUGGGGUCGUCCUGGUUUUAAUUUCCCCCGUCCCUGGAACUACCCUGGACCUGUGGUGAACUAUGGUCCUCCUUUAGGUGACCCCAGAUUCAUGCACGGACCUGGGAUGGAGCCUCGGAAGUUUCCACCGCACAUCAGACCUCCUGUCCGAUUUAACCCCCCUCCCUGGGAGCGUCCCAAAAAUCCCCACAUGCAUGGAAAUGCCUUUGGUGUUAGGCCGCCACCGUUUGACCCGACACAAAUGCAGUGGAGACCAAUGCUUAACCGGAAAAGGAAGUUCUCCCCACACAGGCAGUUACCCAAUAUGGAGCAAACAGGUACAUAUGCCAGCCAGCCCGCAAAUGUCUAUCAAGCCAAAACCCAGAAUGGAGAUGUGCAGGAACACACGGCUGCUGGGGAGACCAGUGAUGCCAAUUCGUCGAAUCAAGAACACAAAAAGGCAGAAGAUUCGCACCUUCUGACAGAGCAACCCAAUGUGAACAAUUUUGGAUGGCAAGGAGAUACCAGCACAAUGUUCUCGUGUGUCUUGUGUCAAUAUUAUACCCCGGAUGAGAAGCAAAUCCAGAUACAUUUUUUUUCCUGCCAGCACACGGAGAUCCUAAAACAUCUGUCUAAUUUCUUUCCGGAGAAAAGAGUCAGCUUCCUUAAUGAAUACCUUAUGUUUAAGAAGAACCAAAUGGCCAUGCAGAAAAAGAACAGCAACCUGAACCCCGUCAAAGACACAUUUAAAGGAGUAAUCCAGGACCAGUACUUGUCUCGUGUCCAAGCCACAUACUGUCAAGCAUGUGAUGUUUUCAUACCUGAUGCCCCAGAGCUUCUGAAAACGCACAUCAAAUCAGAUGUCCACAAACAGAAUCGCAAGGUGAGAUUCAAAACUGUAAAGACCAGCAGCCUCGCAACAGCCAAGAAUCUUCUGCAGGAUAAAGCUAUUUUGCAGAUGCAUGUUAAAUACAUAAAGGGACAGAAUCCCUUUAAGGACUUAACCUGUUCAUCGCAGGUAAGCGGCUCGCCUGAAAUCCUGGUCCCUGAAGAAGACGAUAAUGAUAACGACGAUGAUAAUGAUGGUGGUGAUGAUGAUAUCGUUGACGAUAUUCUUGAUGAUACUAAUAAUGAAGACGCCAUUGCCAAUGUUGGAUAUGGUGAAGAGCUUCCCGUUUACGAUGAUGAGAACACAGACACUGAUCUGAUGUUUCUUCUCAGUGAGCAAGAGAUGAUUGAAACUGAUCCCGAGAUCGAGAGAAGCCCAUCCAUGACUGUGAAAACUGAAGGCAAAGUUAAAGGGGAGGGAGAGGAAGAGGAGGCUGCGGAGGCCCCAUGAUGUUGCUUAUUAUCUCUUAAUGUGAAUUCUUAUGUUAGUUUAUACCAAUGUCAUCUGAAGCAAGAAAUGCCCCAUUACUGUAGAUCACGAAUGUCUGAGCCCCUCAGCCAUUGCCCCCAACAGUGAGUACAGACUUGCUGCAUGCCCUUGAAUUUCGGGGUCACUUAAGUGGGUUGUCUAUUUCAACAUAAGCCGACUGUGAUCUAAUGACUGCCUUCAGCCAUACAUUCCCCUUUAUUUGUCCCUGGGAACAUGUAGCAUUACAUGGUAGCCAUUUAUGAGUGGUCAGCUGCGUAAUGCAUGGGCAUGCCGGGGCUGCCAUCAGAGCCACUUUUACAUAGGACCUGAGGGUCGCAGGUUUGAGACAAUCCCUUUAAUUAGUUAGUUUCUCCUCGGAGACCAUUUUCUAAAUUCAGCUCACAAUUGUAAAGAUUGAUGGUGGCCGAUCAUUCCUUUAAACUGGAGACACUCCAACCUUCCUGUAAAAGUGUUGUCAAGAAUUGAAUAAAAAGUGUUUUUGUUUUUUUUAAAUGCACUCUUGUCCAUGGCUCGGGUGUUGGUAUUGCAUCUCAGCCCAAAAGCGACUGAGGCUGGGCCGGAAUAGUAGAUACAGCCCAUGGGAUACAGUACUGAUUUUAUUUUUUAUUAGUUUUUUUUCUAAUCCUCGCCUUCCCCUUUAAAUGUUGCAAUCACAGUAUCUAAUUAAAGGGAUUGUGCUGAGUAUAAACAGGAUAAGGGGAUAGCUAACUGAUCAGCGGGGGUGGGACUGCUCGGACCACCACCUAUCCCAAGAACGGGGUCCACAUGUUCCCGUCGCGAUGGAGCUUCUGGCCGAAUGUGCACCCUGCCAUUCAACUCAUUCUUUAUGGGACUGCCAGAAAUCGCCAAGAGCUGUACUCUGUCUGGCAUUGCCAUAGGUAGUGAAAGGAUCGGCAGGGCACAUGCUCGGCCCUCCACCGCAUCAGGACACAAAUGCGGGAACCCUGUUCUCGUACGAGCGCUUGCUUCUCUUCAAACAGCUGAUCUGUGGGGGUGCUGGGAGUCGGACCCCCACCAGUCUGAUAUUUACCUAUCCUAAAGAUAGUUCAUCAAUAGUAAAAAGUCGACAACAGUUAUAAGGAGUGGUCUUCUCCUCGUGUCCCCCUUUUAUGCACCUUUGGGGGGGGGUUAACCAGAUGGGACAAGUGCUUUUAAGUCACUUCCCCCAGUGUUAUAGGGUUUAUCCCAUGACUAAUGUAAAAAAUGAAAAUCUGACAUACAGCACAUUGACAACCUCUUUCUAACCAGCCCCGCACCUCACACGGAUUGCUCUAAUAGAUUUAUAUCAAGCUGACAGCUCAAGGGAGCGUCUUUUCUGCUGCAGCUCGGGAGGGGUGUCCUUUCUG